CCUUCUUCACUAGGAUCACUUGAGUGGAGCAGAUAUCGAAGAGAGGCAGCCAUUCAAUAUAAAGUAUAAAUUAUAUUGAAAUAUCAACAUUUCUAUUUGAUUUAAGAGCUUGGAACUUCGAUCAGACACCAUGUCGACAGUCAGUGCCCUGCCUUUCCUGAAAUCUAGUCUCCUAAUGCGCCCUCUCAUGGGUUCCAUCACCCCCAGGCGCGGGCGUCGCCACACACUCCCGGCCAGCGAGUUCCGUUGCCUCAGCCCGGAGGACGCAAUCAGCGUGUUUGAGAUCGAAAGAGAGGCCUUCAUCUCUGUGUCUGGAGAGUGUCCGCUCCACUUGGAUGAGGUGUGUCACUUCCUGACGCUGUGCCCUGAGCUGUCUCUGGGCUGGUUUGAGGAGGGACGCCUCGUUGCCUUCAUCAUAGGAUCACUGUGGGACCAGGAGAAACUAGCCAUGGACGCUCUCACCCUCCACAAGCCCCAUGGCUCCACGGUCCACCUCCAUGUGCUUGCUGUCCACCGCACCUUCCGGCAGCAAGGCAAGGGCUCCAUCCUGAUGUGGCGCUACCUGCAGUACCUGCGCUGCCUGCCCUAUGUGCGCUGCGCCGUGCUCAUGUGCGAAGACUUCCUGGUCCCUUUCUACCAGAAGUCAGGAUUUAAAGUGCAGGGCCCCAGCGACAUCACCGUGGGGCCCCUGACCUUCAUUGAGAUGAUGUACCCUGUCCGGGGCCACGCGUACAUGCGCCGCAACAGUGGUGUUUGAGGGGAUACGAACCAAGAUGGAUGCCUCCUUCACUGGGGGGUGUUUGACCAACCUUCCGUGGCUGGACGACGGUUACAGUGGCAAGAAAAAGUAUGUGAACCCUUUGGAAUUACCUGGACUUCUGCAUAAAUCAAAUUUGAUCUGAUCUUCAUCUAAGUUACAACAAUAGACAAACAGUCUGCUUAAACUAAUAACACACAAACAAUUAUACUUUUUCAUGUCUUUAUUGAACCGUGUGAACAUUUGCAGUGCAGUGUGGAAAAAGUAUGUGAACCCAUGGAUUUAAUAACAGGUUGACCCUCCUUUGGCAGCAGUAACCUCAACCAAACGUUUUCUGUAGUUGCGGAUCAGACCUGCACAACGGUCAGGAGGAAUGUUGGACCAGUCCUCUUUAUAAAACUGCUUCAGUUCAGCAAUAUUCUUGGGAUGUCUGGUGUGAACCGCUCUCGAGAUCCUGCCACAGCAUCUCAAUCGGGUUGAGGUCAGGACUCUGACUGGGCCACUCCAGAAGGCGUAUUUUCUU